CUCCCCGCCCGCCGUGGGGAAGGGCCCGUCCCGGCGGGAAACCGGCGGGCGCCGUGGCGCCUCCUCAGCGGGCGCCGAGCGGCCGGACCGGCUGGGAGCGGGGCUGGGCGGGCAGGACAGGCCCGGCCCCACCCGACCGGCUCGGCAGCCGAGCCCUGCCCUGCCCUGCCCUUCCCCACCCCUCCCGGGUCCCCGUGCCGUGGGGAGGGGCGGAGAUGGCCGCCGCCUGAGGUGGUGGCGGCGGCGCGGGAGCCUGGGGAAGGUCCCCGCAGCACACGCCGAGGAGGAGCGCGGAGGGGCGGCGGCCGCGGCAGAGGAUGAAAUGUACAGAUGACUAGUGAAGCAGCCCGGUAGGCUUGUAACCGAGAUCAGGGGUAGCCAGUGGCUACAUCUCAAGUUGGACCGCCAAGUGCUUCUGGCUGUUCCUCGCAUCCUGCUCUUCAGGAGGCACUAACUCAAACGUUACUAACUCUGCCGAGCCGAUAUGAAGCUCUGUGCCCUGUGAUACUUACUUUGCUGAUACUCACCGUUGGAGGAUGGCUGCUGUUCUCUGUGAAAAUUGUUCUGGUCAGUACCACUACGCCCAGGUCAACCAACCUCUGGAAAUCAGCUGCAUGUUGCUCCUGAUUAUAUUCGGAAAAGUGUUCCUUGAUUUCUUCAUGUUGCAAGUUAAGCAGAGAAAUGUGAAAGUUAGUUUUAUGGGAAACUUCUGUGUUUCACUGGCACUUCUCGAUUUCAUGCUGCUGAUGAGUAUACUGUUCAUUUUUUAUUUUGAGGACUUUGCACUCUGGGGUGUGCGAUUUACAAAGUACCACGUUUGCCUAUUCACUCAGAUAACUUCUCUUAUCUACGGCAUUUUGCAUUACCCGGUGUAUGUUGUGGCUGGUCUGGAUUAUUACAUGACUAUAGCCCAAACCUCUCAAUUUCCUAAAAGAGGUCAAAGAUUACUGUAUGUAUUUGCUGUGGUUGUUAUAUGGAUGUCAGGGUUUUUUUGUAUUCUGAAAGUUCCCGCUAUCUACGAAGGACUAGAAAUUCAGAACCGUUUUUCUCCGUAUCAGUGUCCUCUCUAUGCCAGCGUGCAGAGCUACUCGGUCUCCUGUGCCAUGGUGCUGCUCAUAGGCAUGGCUCUCGUGGCUUGUCGGAAGGAAGUUCUAACCAUGCUGCUAUCUGUCAGGGUCGUUUCCUUUGCCAGUCAGCCUGUUCUGAUGUUCUCCUCUGUGUCUAACAACAGCACUUGCUUUAAGCGGCAGCUCCUGACCAGACUCCUCAUCUGUUUUCUUGGCACUUGGGCACCUUUUGUUCUCCUUCAAAUUAUCAUUUUGUUUCUCGGUGCUCGGAUUCCAGCCUACAUGGAGAUGAACGUCCCCUGGCUGUACUUCAUCAACAGCUUUCUCAUCGCAGUAGCGUACUGGUGUCGAUGUCAUGAUGUUGAAUUGACAGAGGAGAUGUGGUCUACAGAUCCAUUUGUCAGCUGGAAAUUCUGCUUUAUGCCACUUAACAAUGAAAACACAGAGCCAGCUGAUAAGCCAGGCACAGUAAUUGUGAUCUGUUAACGAGCUGCUGACUGAAAAAAAUACAAAUAAGUGCUGUGCGAUGGAAACGUGUUCUCUGACGUUCUGUGACCGUGUCCUUACAGAUAAUACAAGGAAACAUCUCCAGAGAUACAACCAGUGGAAAAAAAGUCCAACGUCUACCAAUACUGUAAUAAAUCCUGCACCAAUGUGGGACACACACACUGCUGCACUGGGUUCCAGUAAGCACCUGCCAGUUCAGAGAAUUUAAUGUGAAAGUACGGGUUUAAGUAACGACCACUACUUACAAAAAACAUGUUUUCAGUUACAGCUUAUGUUUAUGACUAGAAUUUUACACUUGCUUUAAACAGAAUGAUCUCAGGUUUUAUAGUACAAAAUGCAAUAAAGUCUUAUUCAAAGCUGAAACCCUUUUAUCAGUUGUGUACGUGCCUUAACCUACCGUCAAAGGUUCAAACAACUUUUGUGAUUAUUUUUAAGUGUAUUUUCUUGUUAAAGUGUGACUUUUUGUCAGUUUAAUUUAAGCGUUGU